AGCUAACCCAAUUAUACUAUUCCGAAAGUCAUGAGUGCGCAAUUUUAGAUUGUCUGCACUGCAGUUCCCAGUAAAAAUGGACUAGCUUGAUAGCUAGAACUCAACACAUGUAGAUAGCUAUGGAUACUAUACUUCAAUUGUGCAUUUUUGUAAAAUGUCAGAACUGAACAUCCCAAUCAGAAGGAUAUUAUUUUAGGUAGAUAGCUAGUAUUAUAGAGGCAACACCGUUUGUUUUUAGCCAAAAUGGCUAGUGACGAUAGCGAGUGGGUUGUGGAGAGCAUCGCUGGAUAUUUGGGAAGUCCCGAAUGGGUAAUACCGGUUACGGACUUCAUGGAAAAUAAAUGCACAGUUUUUGAUGAUGAAGAUGAAAAUAAAUUGACUUACACAGAAAUCCAUCAGCAAUACAAGCAUUUGGUGGAGAAGUUAUUGGAAACUUACAUGCAAGAGGUUGGCAUCAAUGAGCAGCAGUUUUUGGACGCAUGCUCCUCUCCUUUUGCGAAGUCCAAAACCUUACAGACUGUAUUCCAGCCCAUCCUGGCCACAGAUGACUUCCAGAUGUUCAGGGCCCUCAUGGUGCAGAAGAACAUGGAGCUGCAGCUCCAGGCGCUGCGUGUCAUUAAAGAAAGAAAUGGCGCCCUGCCUGAGUGUCUCAUAGAUGGAGCAGACGUAAAGAGUGAGUUGGAGCAGCAGGAGUUGAAGAUAUUACAGGAGGUGCUGAAGAGAUCAAAGGAGGAGUAUGACCUAGAGAUGGCUCGGAGACUGAAGUCAGAGGGGGAGAUUGGCUCCACGUCCAGAAGCUGCUGUGAUGGGCCAGUUUUAGAAGAGGCCAGUAUUCCGAGCUCCGCCUCCACUCAACAAACAAACACUACCAGCAAGGUGAACAGUACAUCUUUGAAGAGAGAGGACCUGAAGGCUGCUGAGGCUAGAGGUGUUGGGCUGAAGGGUCCGUCCCCUUCCAUGUUGCCAUCAGAGUUGGCCAGCGCAGAGCCAAUCGUCCUUCCUGCAGUGAGGGUUCCAGUGAAGGGCACGGAGUCCGGGGCUGUCUCCAGGGACAAGGGCAGCAGUAGCAGCAAAGCAGGAGAAGGCUGGAUCGAGGAAGCACGCAAGGAGGCUGGCAUCUGCAAGCCGUUCACAGAGUUGUCCUCAGAGCAGCAGGAGCAACUUCAGCAGAGGGCGCUAUAUUUGAGGCAACAAAGAGACAAGCUUCAGGCCAUGAAAAAAGAGCAGAAACCUAAACCAGCUACACCAGAGGAACCCCCAGCACCAACUCCAAGCACACCGUCAAAGGAGGAUGGUCCCAGAAUGAACGGGAGUGGUGCUAGUAGGGUUAAGGAAGACAGGGUCAAUGCCUCCCAGCCUGUGAGCUCUCCUGUUGGGGGACAGGAGAAGCCCAAGGAGAUCUCAGUCGAAGAAAAAAAGAAGUUGCAGAAAAGAAAACACCUGGCAGAAAAACUGAAAGAGGAAGUUAUCAAGAAAUGAGCUCAACUGCAAUAAAUUUUCCUGAGUUGAA